CAAUGACAAAGGACAGCCGUGCGCCACCGAAGGACCCCAAAGGGCCAAGAUGGCUGCGCCCGUGUCAGACGCCGGCGAGUUUGAAAGCUGGCUAAAUGAUCGUCUAGACUCGUUAGAAGUGGACCGUGAGGUGUAUAGGGCGUACAUUUUAGGGGUCCUGCAAGAAGACGAGAGUGACGAGGAAAAAGGAGAUGCGCUUCAAGGAAUUUUAUCCGCAUUUCUGGAUGAGGACACCGUGGAAGAUGUCUGCAAAGAGAUCAUCAAGCAGUGGACAGAGUGUCGCAGCCGAUCAGCAGCCAAAAGAGAUGCUGAUGAUGCUGAGGUCCAGGCCAUCGCCAAAAUGAUCGAAAAACAAGCUCAGGUUGUGGUGAAACACAAGGAGGUGUCUGAGGAGUCGAAGAAAAGGAAAGAAGCCCUCCUUGCUCAAUACGCUAAUGUAACGGACGAAGAGGAUGAAGCUGAAGAAGAGGUACCAACAAGUGGAAAUAACUUUACCGGAAAUGAUAAAUCCCUGUUUAAGAACACCAACGUGGAAGAGGUGCUGAACAGACAAAAGCAAAAGCGGGACCAGGCUCGUGAAGAUGCUCAGAAGAAGAAGGAAGGGGACAAGAUGCAGCGGGAGAAGGACAAACUAGCCAAACAAGACAGAAAAGAGAAGGAGAAGAAGCGUACACAAAAAGGUGAACGCAAAAGAUAAAACCAAGAGACAGGAUACUUUGUAUUUGAAAAAGGUUUUGUUACAAGACAAAAAUGAAAAGCAAGUUAUUGCCUCUUUUUAGUUAAACCUCAUUGGCACCAUCAGUAUGUGAACAUGUCUUCAUCAGACCCUCCUUGUUAAUUACUUUCUGCAACUCAUCAUGUGUGUAAAGAACAAUGUACUGGAUGUUGUGCAGGUCAAGAUUUUUUUUUUUUCUUGGAUACCGAUACGAGCAGAGACAGAAAGAUGUUGUCUAGGAAUAAAGUUCCAAAUCUUUUAUAUGA